AUGGAACUUGACUUGGCGCUCUGUGUGGAUGAACCACCCACCCUCACGGACACAAGUACGCCACAAGAAAUUGUAAAGCAUAAGCGGUGGGAGCAAUCUAAUCGCUUAAGCAUCAUGUUUAUGAAAUCUUACGUCAUAAAGGGCAUUAGAGGUUCUAUCCCAGAAAGCCAUAAGGCAAAAGAGUUUAUCCAAGCCGUUGAGGAACAAUUUUUUAGUUCCGAUAAGGCAUUAGCAAGCACCGUGAUGAAGAAGCUUUCAAGCAAAACCUUCGAAAAUUCCAGAAGUGUGCGAAAGCACAUUAUUGAAAUGAGGGACAUGUCUGCUCAAUUGAAGUCUCUAUAG